AUGGAUGAACGAGGAAUCCCAGACACAGACAGGAUCGAAGAAUUUGGAGUCCAGAUGGCACCUAAAAAAAGGGAAUUACGAAAGGCUCAACGAGCUACAUCCGACUACGCGGUGCAGCAAGUGUUGAAGAUGCUCGGGGGAAUAGGAGUGCUUGCCGUCGGCUUAGGACCUCUUGAAAGUAGUAAAGGAGUUCCUAGCAAGCACACCGCCAUAACGAAACAGCUUGUCACACAGCAUGAGGACACUCCGUUAGCGGAAAGCAUUGCAAGAAUCGGUCUUGCUCAGGUUAAGAGCCAAGAGAGUCCCGCGAACUACAAACCCAUGGAAGAGUCGCCUGCUUUCCCUGCAAAUCGCGCACGACACUAG